GUCCAUCUGAUGUUGCAACGCCCGUGAUGAACAUUCAACAACAUUCGACAACACUGACCCAUCCACUACAUAGCACUCAACAAGAGCAGCAGAGAACGAUGGAAGCGCCCCACAUAGAAAAGGUCAAUGCUCGUGAAGCAACGCAACAAGCGCAAAUCACGGCCCUCACUAUGCAGAAUGAAAGGAAGUCUGGACUCAACAAACUAGACGAGGGGCAAAUUGACCCCCCAAAAACCUAUAAAGCUACCGCACUUCCUUGCAAAUACGAGCCUGACACCCGCUUUGCUAAGACUAUCGAGGAAACAUCAGAAGAACAAGAGUUUAGAACGACGUGUGGAGUCUUAUGGGAAGUACGACAAUCUAUUCCGGCAUCCCUGAUCCCCCAAGACAAGAUGAAAGGUCUAUUUUACAAGGAGGUCGAUCUUCCUAUGGAUGACAUCCUUCAUAUCGGGAAACAUGAAAUUCGUAGAGAUAGCGCAGGAUUUCAAAAGCUACUUGCCUUCGAUUCAUCACAGGAGGAAGGUUCCUAUGAGCGAUACCCACUUCUGCCACCACUAUUGAUCGAAUCGAGCCCAACCACCGAAGAUGCUUUAGGGGGAGCUUUUCAGACUCCUAUCAUCAGACAA